AUGGAACAGAUACGGCUACUGAAAUUGGUGCUGGCAUCUCCAGACUGUAUCCUACAAAUCCGACUGCCUUUCUUCGGGGUCUGUGGUCAGACCCACAUCUCCUGCAGGGUGGUGAAGGGGAAGGUGGUGGAGGAAGGCAAGUGGCCAUGGCAGGUGAGUAUCCUGCUCCUGGGCGUGUAUGUCUGCAGCGGCUCCCUCUUCCAUGAGCAGUGGGUCCUCACAGCUGCACACUGCCUACAAAGAUCCAAGAACCAAAGUCAGUACUCCGUGAAGGUGGGAGCCCGGUACUUCUCUGAAAACGGCACUCAGCUCCCCAUCAGUCACAUCAUAAUCCACAAGAACUUCAACAAUCUUGCAUCCCAGGACAUUGCCCUCCUGAAGCUCCAGAAGCCCAUCUCCUGGUCUUACAACAUCCAGCCUGUCUGCCUUCCUGAUGCCCAAUACAAGCUUCCUGUUGGCUCCAUGUGUUGGGUGGCUGGGUGGGGACAUGUAAAACAAGUGACCACGACGCCAGCCCCCUACAGUCUUCAGGAGGUAGCUAUCAAGAUCCUAAACAACGACAUCUGCAAUCAGAAAUACCGGUUCCUGCUCAAGAGGGGCCAGCAGCACUUCAUUGGGAAGGACAUGCUGUGUGGCAGCUCGGAACGGGGCAUGAAAUCCUGUCAGGCUAACUCUGGCAGCCCCCUCGUCUGCCAAGUGAACAAGACCUGGAUCCAGGCGGGAUUGGUGAGCUGGGGCUUCAGCUGUGGCCAGUCCCGGUUCCCGAGCAUCUAUACCAGCACCUCUCACUUCACUCUCUGGAUCAAGAGUCAGGUCUCUGAUGUGAAUUUCUUCAGUCGGGCUGGCCCUGCCUUCCUGAGCCCAGUCUUCCAUACUGGCUACAUUCUGCUGGUCUCUUUGGGGUCCCUGUGGCUCCUUUGA